AUGAAUGACAAAGAAACUCCAAGAACUCCAAGUAAAGAAUUGAUCCGUUCUAAUGACAGUGAAACUUCACUUACGAGCUCUCCUUUAAAACCAAAACAAGAGAUUUUAGACGAAGAUACUUAUACAGAGGCAUUAAGCGAAAUUAUUAAAAAGGACUUUUUUCCUUCUCUUUUGACUCUUGAAGCACAGCACGAUUAUGUAGAUGCCUGGAAUUCAAAUAAUCCGGAUCUAAUCAGAGAUGCUACUCGUAAACUUAAUGAAUUAACUACACCCUCCAGGAAACCAAAUGCCCCAACACCAAGGGGACCAGGAUUAACACCAGGAUUAACAGGAUCACAGGGAGGAUGGGAUACACCUGUAUCCACUACAGGAUCCAAUGUAUUUAAAGUUCCAGCGCCAAAGAUAAGCUAUACGAAUUUAUCUUUGGACGCUUUUCAAGCAAAAUAUACAAGCGAGGAUAAUGCAUCAUAUCCUUAA